CGGCUCUCCGCUUCUCUUCACGCCGUAUACCAGACGUACAAGAGGAGCACCACCGUUCUUAUUGACUGGUUGGCCUCGCAGGGUACGCUCAAGAGCAGCGACGCACCAGAGUCGAUCCGACUCCCCGUUCGGCGAAUAUUAGAGCUCGCGCAAGAGAUUGGCUCAGCGCACAUCGAACCACCGACUGACAUUCAGCGCGCCUUCAAACUCGUCCUGGUGAAUCGGAGGAAGCUCACGGCGUACUAUGAGGGCAAUCAAGACCGAAAUUCGGAGGCGACGGCGGAAUCAACGGAGCGGCACAAGUUCUUCAACGAGGUGCUCGCGAAGGCGUACGACGUGCUGUUUCCGCGGCCUGAAGCUGGCUGCGAGAAAGUAAAAGAGACCCCGCCUUCAUCUGCCACGCCCCGAAUUGGAAGCUCCAAUCGCUUUGAGAUACUGAGCGACAUCAUCGAGCAGGAGCCUGAUUUCGACGACGCAUUCGUACCAGAGCUCAGAUACGAUAAAGAUGAAGUUCUCUCAAGUGCGCAGCCAUCUGCCAUUGAGGAUGAUCCCAUGGAGUCUGUCUUUGCAAUACAUACAUACCUUCUCCAGGUCGAGAGCGUCAUUGCCUUUCUCAAGGAGCUUUGGAGAAAGGUCGCCGAAGAAUCGCUGCCUGUGCCCUUCGCCGGUUGGCUUACCGACCUUGGGUUCGAGAUGAUAAAGUAUACGGCCGCCGGAUACGACACACUCUUUGACAACUUUUUGGGCUUAUGGGGGACCUUCUUAAAAGCUAGAGAGUCCAACAUCAGGCGAACUGGGACCAGGCUGUUCGAACCUACGACAUCGGAUUUCUGGAAAGGCCAGACGACUGACGAGUAUCAAGAGCUUACGUAUGGUGGCGCACUCACUUGGCCCACUAUGGCUUUUCUCACGUUCUUCGUGAAGCUCAGGGAUGAC